AUGGCUUCCAGUGGGGUUGACAUGAACACUGCUGGCUCGGCAAAUGAAGCUCCUGAAAUUCCCGACGACAUGGGAUAUUGGCUUCAGGGUGUCUACCGCUUCGCCACUGAUAGGAAUGAUUUCUGGAAGAACUUGAUCCGCAGUUUGGGACUUUUUGCUGCGGGAGUUUGGCUGGCCAGGAAUUUGAGUGACAUUAAACUAAUGGCCCCUCAGCCUGGCGUGUAGCCAAAAAAGACAGAAUCCCUGUGCUGUACUUGAACCUUCCAGAAACAGAGCCUCCAGUCUGUGACCAUCAUCAGACUUGCCCAGAGGGGCACCUUUC